GCCAUGCGAGGAGUAGUAACUAACUAGUACCCGCCCUCGCUCUUUGCGUAAGGGCGUGGUUAGGAAAAUAAUAAAAAAAUAAAAGAAUAAAAUAUUAAUUUAUAUGGGUAGAGAAUAAAAUAUGAUUUAUAGAAAGUAAAUUUGGAAAUAAAUAUAUAUGACCUCCAAAGAAGGCAAGACGCAGAGUGUUAAGAACAAGGCGUGCUUUGCGCUUGGAAACAGAGAGCUCAAGAGAGAGAGAGAGAGAGAGAAUAGUGACUCAUUUCCUUCUAGUUUAUAGAGAGAGAGAGAGAGGAAGAGAAGGUUGGUGCUUGUGUGAGGUUUGUUCAUGGCGAUUUAGCCGAAGGUCUGAGAGAGCAAGAGUCUGAAGGCAUAAGGCAUUGAGCUUUGUUUGAUACGGCGGCAAAGUUUUUGGUUCUUCUGUUUCUUCGAUUCUGUCGUCGCUAACACACACACAGAGAGUUUGUGAGACUGUUUAAAGGCCAAGCAACAGCUUCGUCUUCAUUCCUUGGCUUCAUUUUUACCUCAAAGUCCUCUGUUUUCUCUGAAACAAAUUUAGAGCCAUGGAGUGGACUGCUUGUCUCGACGAAUAUGAGAAACUCGUCUUCCGUAUGAACACUCCCAGGGUCGUGAUCGAUAAUGCCGUCUGCUCCACUGCGACUUUAGUCAAGGUCGACAGUGCUAGAAGGCAUGGGAUUCUUCUCGAGGCUGUUCAGGUCCUCACGGAUCUUAACCUCACCAUUAAAAAAGCGUACAUUUCUUCUGAUGGACGGUGGUUCAUGGAUGUCUUUCAUGUCACUGAUCAAAACGGGGAUAAAUUAACGGAUGAGAGCGUCAUUCAUUACAUUGAACAGUCACUUGGAACAAUUCACUUUGGGACAUCCAACUGCAGCAACGGUUUAACAGCACUUGAGCUCACCGGAACAGACCGGCUUGGCCUUCUCUCCGAGGUCUUUGCAGUGCUAGCUGACCUGCAAUGCAAUGUGGUUGAGUCCAAGGUGUGGACGCACAAUGGCCGGAUCGCCUCCCUAAUUUACGUUAAGGACUGUGAUUCUGGUUGCCCAAUUGAAGACUCACAGAAAAUUGACAGAAUUGAAGCGCGGUUAAGGAAUGUUCUCAAGGGAGACAACGAUAUUCGGAGCGCGAAAACCUCUGUUUCCAUGGCAGUUACGCACACCGAAAGAAGGCUGCAUCAAAUGAUGUUUGCAGAUCGUGAUUAUGAUAGGAAGCCCAUUUUGCAGCACAGCACCGACUCACCGGUGAUCACGGUGCAGAAUUGGGCUGAAAGGGGUUAUUCGAUAGUAAAUAUUCAGUGCAAGGAUAGAGCAAAGCUUUUGUUUGAUGUUGUUUGCACGUUGACAGACAUGGACUAUGUGGUAUUUCACGCCACUGUUAAAACAGCAGGGGAUAGAGGACACAUGGAAUUUUACAUUAGGCACACUGAUGGAACCCCAAUUAGUUCUGAACCCGAACGACAGCGCGUAAUCCAAUGCUUACAAGCUGCCAUUCAAAGAAGAGCUUCUGAGGGUGUGAGGCUAGAACUAUGCACUGAGGAUAGACCAGGUCUUCUAGCAUAUGUUACAAGAACGUUCCGAGAGAACGGUCUAAACGUGACAAGGGCCGAGAUUUCCACAACAAAGGCCAAUGCCCUGAACGUUUUCUAUGUGACUGAUGCAAUUGGAAACCCUGCAGAUCCCAACACCAUUGAAUCAGUGAGGCAAAAAAUAGGGUUGAGUGACUUAAAAGUGAAGGAACUGCCAUUGAUUUAUCAUGCAAAGGGGGAAAGGGAGGAGCAAGCAGUCGGUGUUGGUGGGGCAGUCUUGUUAUCACUUGGGAGCCUAGUGAGAAGGAAUCUGUACAAUUUGGGUCUCAUCAGAUCCCACUCUUGAGGAAGUUUCCAUUUGGUUUGUAGGAAGUUUUUAUCAUUCACUGUGCUGGCUGGCAUAUGAUAUGAUUCUUUGCUUG